GUCAUCCUAACGCCCAUCAAUGCCUGAACCAAAGCUCUGGUUAAGUUUGUGCGCUGCUCAGCCAGAACUGUAACCUUCCAGGAGGGUUUAGUGAACUUGUUGGAGAACAGACAAAAUGCGACGCCUGGGCUCCGUCCAGCAGAAGAUACCGUGUGUUUUUCUGACCGACGUCAAGGAGGAACAGUCCAGAAAACGGGACUGUCAGGCAUUUCAGGUUGUUGCGACUGAAAAUGUGAACCCUGUUGCUCUGGAUGCUAACAUAGAUUGUGCGCUUGCCACAGAAAAACUGGACGGUACCUGCUGCUAUGUUACAGUCUAUAAAGGGCAGCCUUACCUCUGGGCUCGACUCGACAGGAAACCAAACAAGCAGGCAGAGAAGAGGUUUAAAAAGUACCAACAUUCUUACAAGAGCUGUAAAGGUUUCACAUGGAAUGUAGAGGAAGAUUUUAAAACGGUGCCAGAGACGUGGAUCCCAGCUCACAGAGUCAAACACCACAAUGGCCAUCCAGUGCCUGAUGAUCACGGACAUAUUCCAGGCUGGGUUCCAGUAGACAAGGACAACAAGCAGUACUGCUGGCACUCCUCUGUAGUGGAUUAUGAUGUUGGGGCAGCGCUUGUUCUCAGGCCCAGCUCUGACGAUGAAAACAGGUUAGAAAUCGCAGCAGUGCCAUUGGCUGACCUCCAGGAACAAACGCUGGAGCUCAUAGGAACCAACGUCAAUGGAAACCCUUACGGACUGGGGAGUAAAAAGCAGCCCGUCCACUGCCUGGUCUCACAUGGGAGUAUUCGAAUCAGAAACCCCCCACCUGUUGACUUUCAUCAGCUGUGCUCUUGGUUGCAAGAGAGUCCAGAGGGCCGAGUCGAAGGCAUCGUGUGGCACUGCAACGACGGCACUCUCGUUAAGGUUCAUCGUCAUCACCUGGGACUCAGGUGGCCAGACGGGGACACCUGCUUUGGUACCAGGCCGGUGGUCAUUCGUGUUGACGGCACAGUUGAUGCUUAUAACAACAGCAAGGACUUGUUCACAUCCUUUUGCGCACUAAACGGACAUUGCUUCAGCCGGCUUCAGGACAUCCAGUUUGAACUGUAAACAGAGGCGGAGAAGGUGGUGUUUCACUUCCUGAAGCGCCUGCUGUCACCCUGCCGGCAGCUGCCAGACAUUUUCAUAAGUAAUUCCAGAUGAAACAUUCACUCUUUAUAGCACUUAAUUUAUUCCAUGGAAAUCAAUGAUGCAGAACUGCUGCUUUUUAAAAACAUAAAUAGCUGAAAGUCUUAACCAGAGCGGUUUACAAUGAGGUGUGUGAAGACGCAUUGUUUGCCACCACAGAGGAAGAGUGGAGUGUUUGAAAGCCUGAAGACACUUUGCCACUUGUUUUGCAGAACUGUGUACAGCUUUAGUGUAAAACUGACCAACUGGACGUGUUUAGCAACAUAAGUUGUUAAAAAUGUUCAAUUUCUAUACUGUAAAUACUGUAUGUUAACAACUGUUUCAUUGCUGAGUGAAGAAUAAAUGAUGAGGAUGUAAACAUUUCUAA